AAAUGCUCAUCACGAUAUAAAAAUUGUUCUGCCAUGGAUAAAAGUACUCUGCGUGGAAAAUAUUGCAAAUGGUCCAAGGAGGAUUUGGACAAGGCUUUGGCCAUGAUCAGAAGCAAGAAGAUCAGUAUAUUGGGAGCAAGUAAGCGAUAUAACAUACCGCGCCGAACAUUAGGAGGUUAUGUCAAAUCUCAAGUUUGGAACAAAAAGAAAAAUGGACGCCCUACAGUCCUGACAGGUGAGCAAGAAGUACAGUUGGUUGCUAGAAUAACGCGAUUAGCAGAUGUAGGCUUUCCCUUGACUGUUAAAGUCUUAAGGAAAUGUGUUUACACCUUUUGCGAAAAAAAUAGGAUAAAGCAGCAAUUCAGUGUUAUGAAAGGGUAUGCUGGCAGGAAAUGGCUUAAAGGUUUUCUCCAGAGACAUCCUGAAAUCGCUAGAAGGAAGGCACAACAUCUUAAUGAGGCUCGGGCACAAAAAAUAAAUAAGUUUAUAGUGAAUGAUUACUUCCGAACACUGAAGGAUGUAAUGACAAAGCUUGAUAUUGCACACAUGCCUGAACGAAUUUACAAUGUAGAUGAGAAAGGUUGUCGUCUCAGUUUACAUCGACAGCCUUUCGUACUUGCCAAGACAGGCUCUCGCAGAGUACAUUUCCGUGGUAAAGAACAUGGUGAAAAUGUAACUAUUGUGUCAUGUGGCAAUGCACUGGGCAAUGUUAUACCGCCUAUGAUCCUUUUCAAGGGACAACGCUUGAAGCCAGAGUGGGCUGACAACUUGCCAGCUGGAAGUGUAGUAGAGAUGACAGCGAAGGGUUCAAUGACAUCUGAAACAUUUGUGAAGUGGCUGCAUCACUUCAGCCGUUACAAGUCUGCAGGACCAUGCCUUCUAAUCAUGGAUGGAGCCAAGUGUCACUUAGAUUAUUCCAUAGUCGAGGCAGCUGACAAUGUGGGUGUUUCACUGUUAUGUUUACCCAGUAACACCACCCACGAGCUCCAGCCGAUGGACAAAUCAGUUUUUGGCCCAUUUGAAGCUUACUGGGAUGAGGAACUUAUGAAAUUCUGGACAACAUAUGAGGAUCGAGUAUUCAACAAGCAGCACUUUGGUUAUGUGUUUUCACCCGUAUGGGAGAAGUCUACAAUUCCAAAAAAUAUUAAAGCUGGAUUUGAAGCUUGUGGAAUUUUCCCAUUUAAUCCAAACAGAAUUCCGGAACAAGCUUUCGCGCCAAGUGAAACCACCACAGUACCAAGAGUAACCUUGCCACCUUUUCCUGAGCCAGCUCAACAUCAAGAAGCCAUACGGAACCACCACGAGGAUGAACCACACAAUGACUCUGAAGAAACAGAUAAUAGCAGUGCAUGGGACAGUGAUAACUUGCAUGGAGACAAUGGUACUCGGAACCAGCAAUCGAAUGUCUUAUUCUCAGAAAUCCUUAGUACACCUGCCAGAAAUUCCCAACCAGCCAAAAGAAACCAUCCAGCAAUUAACAGUCGAGCAGUAGAAGUGCAAAAAUCGUUGUUUGUGAACUCAAACAAUCAAUCCAUUCCCUGCAGCUCCAAAAAUGUCCAUCUCUCCGCAUCACCAUCAGCACACAACCAGAAGAAUCCUCCCAAGAAGUCCAAAGCUGUUGGUUCCAAAGAAAAUCCAACAAAACUUUACACUUCACCUCGAAGAUCUUCUGUAACUAAGAAAUCACUGCAUCAAGAGAGUUGGUACUGCUUUUUGUGCAAAGAAGAUAGAGUGAUAGACAUGAGGGGUUGCAGUUUGUGUAAACGGUUUGUGCAUGAAGAGUGUGUUGGACUUACCAAACAUGACAAACAAGUAUUUGUGUGUCCUACAUGUGAAGUAUAGUGGGAUGUUUAAGUAACCGCAUGUAGAAUGUUUACAUAGGUACUGGAAGUAGUUGUUCAGUUUGUAUGUUUUAUCUUUGAUUAUCAUGUGGCGAACUUAUGGUACAUAUGUACCCUAAGUUCGCCAUUUGUAGACACACAAUUUCUUAUGUGUAUACAAGUGCGCAUACAGUAUUCUUUGGCUUCACAUCCAUUUUAUGGUGCCUUGAUAUAUUUCUUUUACAAUAAAAUACCUACAUAGUUUGACAAAAAAAUAUUUCCACAUUUUAAAAUUAAAAGUUUCUUAAGGUGGCGAACUUAGGGUAACCUACCUUAUAUCAAUGCCCUUCCACUAACACAUCUACGGAAAGUAUAGAAACACAAUAUAAGUUAUCAGAUUAUUUGAAAAGCUUUUAUGAUGAAAAUCUCACUUGUAAAAUUUACUGAGCAGAAGUUAGCUCUAUCCACCUGCCCGGGACAGAGAGCUUGGUACAACAGACGCCUAAGUAAUUCCACGCAAA